AUGAAGGCUCCUCCUGGUUUGUCCAAUCCAUCUGGCAAGGUCUGCUUACUACAAAAAUCUCUUUAUGGUCUUAAACAAGCUUCAAGACAAUGGUUUGCAAAACUCACUUCAGAAUUGAUUUCCCAAGGAUACACUCAGUCCAAAAAUGACUAUAGUUUGUUUCUUAAGACAGUGGGGUCUUUUAUCACUAUUGUGGCUGUUUAUGUUGAUGACAUUCUUAUCACAGGAAAUGAUUCUCAAGGUAUUUCUCAGCUAAAGUCUCAUCUUGAUCAUAUCUUUACAAUAAAAGACUUAGGAAAACUACAUUUCUUCUUGGGCAUUGAAGUUGGGUACACAAACUCUGGGAUAAGCCUCACUCAGACAAAAUUUACAAGAAAGCUUCUUUCCCAUUGUAAAAUUCAAGACCUCAAACUUGCUGUCACUCCCCUUCCUCAAAACCUCAAGCUUCAUCAAAUGGAAGAUGCAUUAUAUCAUGAUCCUACAUACCACAGAACAAUGGUGGGUAAAAUGAAUUUCUUAACUCAUACUAGGCCUGACUUGGCAUUUACAGUUCAACAUUUGAGCCAAUUCUUACAAGAGCCCAGAGAACCUCAUGUUGCAGCUCUUCACCAUGCUUUGAGAUAUAUAGCAGCUACUGUAGGGCAAGGCAUCCUUCUAAAUAGCUCUGGACAGCUUAUAUUGCAGGCUUUUAGUGAUUCAGAUUGGGCUGCCUGUCCCAACACCAGGCGAUCAGUUACUGGUUACGUGUUGAUGCUUGGAUGUUCUCCCAUAACUUGGAAAUCCAAGAAGCAAAGUACUGUUUCUAAAUCUUCCAGUGAGGCAGAAUACAGAGCUAUGUACUCUGCUGCAAGCGAAGUUGCAUGGAUGGUCAGGCUUCUCCAAGAACUUCAAGUACCCACCAUCAAACCAGUCGUGCUGCAUUGUGACAAUAUGAGUGCCAUUCACAUUGCUAGGAAACCCAUAUACCAUGAAAGGACAAAGCACAUUGAAAUCGAUUGCCAUUUCACAAGGGAGAAAGUUUUAGAAGGUCUCAUUCAACUCACUUAUCUUCCAACCUCAUCUCAACUUGCUGAUCUGGUUUCUCUGUUCUUUUUAAUGGCUUUUGCUUGGAUUAAACACCCUACUGAAGCAAAAAUAAUAGGAUACUUCUACGUUGUCCAAAUCAUCAAGCAAUUCCACCUUGCACUCCCAUGGAAUUCACAGAUCGAAAGUUCCUUACAUCACUUGUUCGAGGACAAUUCCCCGUCACAGGAUACACUAGAGAUGAAUCUCUAG